AGGGGGCGGGGACCGGGCCGGGGCGGCGGGGGCGGGGAGGGCGCGCGCCCAGGCGGCUGCGGCAGUUGCGCGCUGGGAUUGCUGCCGUGCGGCGGGGCCGAAUUGAGUAUACAGUUAAAAUAAAAUGACAACCUCCUGGAGUGAUCGGUUACAAAAUGCAGCGGAUAUGCCUGCUAACAUGGAUAAACAUGCCCUGAAAAAGUAUCGACGAGAAGCCUAUCAUCGGGUGUUUGUGAACCGAAGUUUAGCCAUGGAAAAAAUUAAGUGUUUUGGUUUUGAUAUGGAUUAUACCCUUGCUGUGUACAAGUCCCCGGAGUACGAGUCCCUCGGCUUUGAGCUUACCGUGGAGAGAUUAGUUUCUAUUGGCUAUCCUCAGGAGCUGCUCAGCUUUGCAUAUGAUUCUACAUUCCCUACCAGGGGACUUGUCUUUGACACACUGUAUGGAAAUCUUUUGAAAGUUGACGCCUAUGGAAACCUUUUGGUCUGUGCACAUGGAUUUAACUUCAUAAGGGGACCAGAAACUAGAGAGCAGUAUCCAAAUAAAUUUAUCCAACGAGAUGACACUGAAAGAUUUUACAUUCUGAACACACUAUUCAACCUACCAGAGACCUACCUGUUGGCCUGCCUAGUAGAUUUUUUUACUAAUUGUCCCAGAUAUACCAGCUGUGAAACAGGAUUUAAAGAUGGGGACCUCUUCAUGUCUUACCGGAGUAUGUUCCAGGAUGUAAGAGAUGCGGUUGACUGGGUUCAUUACAAGGGCUCCCUUAAGGAAAAGACAGUUGAAAAUCUUGAGAAGUAUGUAGUCAAAGAUGGAAAACUGCCUUUGCUUCUGAGCCGGAUGAAGGAAGUAGGGAAAGUAUUUCUUGCCACGAACAGUGACUAUAAAUAUACAGAUAAAAUUAUGACUUACCUGUUUGAUUUCCCACAUGGCCCCAAGCCUGGCAGCUCCCAUCGACCAUGGCAGUCCUACUUUGACCUGAUCUUGGUGGACGCACGGAAACCACUCUUUUUUGGAGAAGGCACAGUACUGCGUCAGGUGGAUACUAAAACUGGCAAGCUGAAAAUUGGUACUUACACGGGCCCCUUACAGCAUGGCAUCGUCUACUCAGGGGGUUCUUCUGAUACCAUCUGUGAUCUGUUGGGAGCCAAGGGCAAAGACAUUUUGUAUAUUGGAGAUCACAUUUUUGGGGACAUUUUAAAAUCAAAGAAACGGCAAGGCUGGAGAACUUUCUUGGUGAUUCCUGAACUUGCACAGGAGCUGCAUGUGUGGACUGAUAAGAGUUCACUUUUCGAAGAGCUUCAAAGCUUGGAUAUUUUCUUGGCUGAACUCUACAAGCACCUUGACAGCAGCAGCAAUGAGCGCCCAGACAUUAGCUCCAUCCAGAGACGGAUUAAGAAAGUAACUCACGACAUGGACAUGUGCUACGGGAUGAUGGGAAGCCUGUUUCGCAGUGGCUCCCGGCAGACCCUCUUCGCCAGCCAGGUGAUGCGGUAUGCCGAUCUCUAUGCAGCAUCUUUCAUCAAUUUGCUGUAUUACCCAUUCAGCUACCUCUUCAGAGCUGCCCACGUUUUGAUGCCUCAUGAGUCAACGGUGGAACACACACAUGUAGAUAUCAAUGAAAUGGAGUCCCCCCUCGCCACCAGGAACCGCACGUCCGUGGAUUUCAAAGAUACCGACUACAAGCGGCAUCAGUUGACACGGUCGAUUAGUGAGAUUAAACCCCCCAACCUCUUCCCACUGGCCCCCCAAGAAAUUACGCAUUGCCAUGAUGAAGAUGAUGAUGAAGAGGAGGAGGAGGAAGAGGAAGAAUGAGGUGGAAAACCAAAACUCUCAGCACUCAUUAAACAAGUUCUGGCGGGACUCACAGGAGCAAAGGCUGUCUCUCUGUGGGUCCUAGUGGGGGGUGGGGGGCUCCAUCAAAGGUACAUCUGGAAAGUUUCUGAAGACUUUAAAAUAUUCUAAUCAUAGGGAGAUACUUGUUUUAGUUUUUUGCAUCUGCACUCUUUGCAGCUGGUUCAGAAUUGUAAGAGAGUCUGUAUCGGAGGAGAGGAAGGGUCAAGCGGGGCUGAACUGCAUGCAGCUGGCUCCGUUGUGGUUUGUGACACUGUUUCAUCAUCAAUAUAUCAUAGUGUAUCCAGAAACACGAAGGGUGGUGGAGGGUCCCAGAGUGAAACAAAGACAAUGGGAAGAGGUGAUCCAAAAAUGUUAUGGUACAAAUUGGGCUCUUACUACAAAAACCCAUCUUUUUCAGUGCAUUACAUAAGUAUUGUAUAUCAGUGGAGAAAUCUAUUAUUUCCAUGAUCAAAUGUAGUUUUUUGUUAAGGUCAAAGUUCUUUUACAAGCUUUUAAGUGUCCUCAGGGACUCUGGGAAGGCUGCUGUCAGUGGCUCUGCAGACUGUUCUCUACUUACUAUAGGGCUGGUCUGGAAUGGACUGCAGUGAUUUCAUUUUGAGGCAAAAAUCUUCAUCCACUUCUACAUUUUUUUUAACCGAUAGCAAAAAUGCUUAUUAUCCAGAAACCUAGUCUUUUUCUUAUCUAGGACGAAUCUAUAGAAAGGAUUUCGCUGAAAGGACAAAGGAGCAAGCCACCCAAAAGGAACAGAACCUCCUUCUUACACUGUAACUGAGCAAAAUUCAUUAGCGUGGGCUGCAUAGUGUGGCUUAUGCCUGCCCCACUCCUCAUUCCAGCCUUCUCUAUCCUCCUGCUGUAUUUCAUAUUCACGCAUUAGAGGGUGGGAAGAGAUCUCUGGAAGCCAGAACUGCUACUCAAACGGAGGGCACAAUGAGUGUGAAUAAAUUCACUGCAGAAUCCCAAGUCACAUCACUUCUUGUUGUUCUGAACAAGAGUGCUGGAUCAUUACUGUAUAUUUUAAGGUAUUAUAACAGCCUCACCAGAACAGUGAAAGCUGUUACAACAUUUUCCACAGUGGUGUAGACUCCUACUUUAACCUUCAUAUGUUUUUUCCAGUCUUACUGUCGUUUGUCAACAUGGGAGGGUUGAUUAGCUGUUCUAGAAUUCAAUAAAGUAUAAUAUUUCUAAUACUGA